GUACUUACUAGUUGAAUGUUCGGUGUCAAAGAAAGGAGUGCACUGUGGUGUGGAUCUGGUGUGGAUCAAAACGCGUUUUUUUCGCGUGAACUGCUGCUAAUCAUAAAAUAAAUCAUUGAAGGUAUUCGGACAGGUGACGUCCACAACACCCCUAUUUUAGUACUUAUACAAGCGGUUAUCUCACUAAAGCCGCAUACUCAUCUUCUUUAAGUUCGUCAUGCCGCCGUUGCCUGAAGAGCUCGUACAACUCGUAGUGGAAUAUAUUGUGUCCAAUCCUGCCAUUGUUGUGCCCCAGCUCCUCGAACUUCAUUGGAAACACUCGAGGACCAGACUUCUCUCUUUGUCUCUGACCAACCAUCAAUUCCGGAGAAUAUGCAUGCCAUUUCUCUUUGCAUACGUCGAGGUCAGAGGAGCUUAUGGAGAUUUAGAGAAGCUAAAAGCCCAGUGUGUCAUAAAUGAAUCAUUCGCCUUGUCUAUCAGGACAAUCGAUUACUAUUGCUAUUCGCCAGGUCAACUUGACAUUGUGCACCACCUCUUACACCGUUUAACGAACCUCUCACAAAUCAUUUUGAACGAUGGGGUUCUUGUCGAUAUGCCCUUGCUCGAUCUUUUGUCCCAGCAACAUAUACAAAAUGUUGUCAUCGCAUCGUGGAAAUCUCUGCCCUCGAAAUACCUCAGUCAACUGGGACCUUCCAGCCUGUCGAAGCUUACUCUUGACAGCAUCAAGCUUUAUACCGAAGGAGUUGAACACGAACUCGCAAACUAUAUUCAGUAUGGCAUGCAGAUACGGUGUUUAACCGUGCCGCCCAAGCUGCUAGUCCCAGUUCACAAUUCUUUCAGCACCCGCAGUUUCUCCGGCCUCAUGGAGCUCGAGCUGUGGUUAAAUUUGAUACCUGAACUCUCAUGGCUUCCUGAGUUCAUAUGUGCCCAUCCACUUUUGAGGAGAAUUAGGUUUUCCAUGUCGCGUGUGCAGUGGAACAUCGAUCGCGUGGUCCCUUUCAUUUUACCAUUCCUCAACGCGAUUGAUGAAGAGGGGCUUGUUGAUAGUUUUGAAUUCAAGGCAUUCUCUAUCGCCCGGUCCACCAGUACAGCUUUCCCCUCAUCUACAGAAUCUCUUUGCGGAUGGCAUGUCGCCGGGUUGUGGUUCUGUAUAUCCGAAUGGUCGUCCAGACGGCUUCUGCAACUUGCGCACACCUUCUUUCCUCAAACUUCUAUGUUAACGAUCGAAUCGCCACUACCAGGCUCUGAUUGUGCAUCCAUAAAUGCGGAUGAAAUCAUUGGCUGUCUCAGCCACUUUUCUUCACUUCGAACUGUGAACUUGGUUUAUCUCUUUCGCAAUCUGAAAUUUGGAGACUUAGAGACGUACCAGAGUCCGCAAACGUUCGCUACUGCCGAAAGAUAUCAUGGUCACCUGGGGAUUCGUACUUCGCAUGUGCAAACCGAUCGGGCUGCCGAGAUUGAAGCUGCUCUCAUUUGGUAUACUUCUUGCAUUGCACAACGGAUACCAACCAUCGAAAGUUUUCUUAUCCAGGAACCUCCUCUUCGGGGUUGGAUACAUGUAAACAAGGGUGGAAUUUCUGGGAGUCUUCGCUCUCUCAUGCAAUCUGAGGUGAACCAACUAUUUUCCUUGUACGUUUAAAAUGGCCGGAUGUAUUGCGUAUCCGGUUUUCAAACUUUUUCGCAAUAAUAUGUUCCGGUCACAAUGUAUUCGCACAUGAUGGAUCUAAUGCCCUAGUUAGAGUGUCGUAGAGAGCGCGCCUCCAGAGCCAGCUGCCAGUUGAUGUUGGAGAACAGGACACCAUCCUUUUUUACUGCCUGUUUCGUAGUGGGACCCCGUGUAUCAAUCAGUCACUCACUAAUCAAAGUGGAAUGCCAUCCAAAUACAAUGUCGA